CCUCUCUCUCCCUCCCUCUCUCUCUCUCUCUCUCUCUGCCUCCACAGAAAAAGCCCGUAAAGGCUUGACAGUGACAAGAGUAGACUCAUGAAAGAAACCUCACGACGGAUAGUUUUAAAGCUGGACUUUGAGUGGGGCCGUUUUCCCUUUUCCCGACUAUAAGUGUGUGUGUGUGUGUUUUUCAAGAGGCUUUUAACACUGGUGGUUCGUAACGCGAAAUCCAAGUCGCCGGGAUUUCCUCUCAUCUCGAAGUUCCCAAGAUGAACUUCGGUCCGGUGCUCGGGAAACUUUCUGUGUUGGUGGCAGUUGCCCUCAUCGGGCUGGUUUGUCACGCAGCAGAACUUCCAGCAUCUCAGUGGUCCAGCGAUGAAUACAAAAACCUCACCCUCCGACGACCCAGAACGUGUGUCGAGAAUGAGCAGUACCUCCACCAGGGACUCUGCUGCCUCAAUUGCCAAGCUGGAACUUAUGUGCACAAGGAAUGUGAAAGAGACCAAGAACAAGGGAGCUGUCUUCCCUGUGAGCCUGGACAGACGUACACAGAGCACUCCAAUGGGAUGUACCGCUGUUUGCCCUGCACACACUGCCGCUCAGAUGAGAUUGAAACUGCAUCGUGCACCACAACUACAGACACCAGGUGCCAGUGCAAACCAGGAACCUUCUGUGUCCCAGAUCAGGCCUGUGAAGUCUGCAAACGCUGUGCCAAGUGUAAACCAGGAGAGGAGGAGGUGAAGACGUGCACCCCGUUUUCUAACACAGAAUGUCGAAAACGGAAUCCGUCACCUACCAAGACACCCCUAACCCCUUCUACACCAACCCCUACUUCUCCAGCAGACAUCGUUAUGCCCAUAUGCAUUUCCCUGGUCAUCAUCUUCUUCAUCCUCCUCAUUGUACUGGCUCUGUGGUGGUUCAUAAUCAAGAAUCGUUCAUGUGAAAUACCAUGUUCAAAGAGCCAUUGUGACUCCAGUGAAAUCGUGAAGAUUCCUAUUGAUGAGAGUGGAGCCACAGCCGAGGAGAGACAGAACAAUCAGAACGCAGGUCUGGAGGGGGAAGAGUCCCGCCCGGAGUCACGGCCCCUGCUGCAGGAGACCCAGGCUGGGAUGACCAAGGCCUCCCCUCCCCUCGAAGACGAGGACCGAGGACUGGGAGACAGUCUGCCCAACACCACUAGUUCGUCUCAAACCAGCCUGUCAGCCCUGCCCACAGCGGCUUCUUCUGGAAGCACCCCACACCAGAGCCCCACGGCUUUCAGACUGCCGCCUGCAGACAUGGAUGAUCCUCUGCGACAUCGACUGGUGCCACUACAAGGGUCAGAAAAAUCCCUAAAGAAGAGCUUUGAUUUGUUCGACGAGUACCUGGAUGUGCGGAUCCAUAACAAGUUCUUCAGAAUGAUUGGAGUCAGUGACAACCACAUUCGGAUUGCGGAGAACGGCGCCCCUGGUGACAAAGUGUAUGAACUGCUGAAGAACUGGAUGCAGAGGCAGGGACUAAAAGCCGACAUCAACGACCUGUUAGAGGCUUUGCUAAGUAUGGACCAGCGGCGCUCAGCUGAAAGCAUCGCCUCUGCAGCCCUGCAGAGAGGCUACUACAAGUACGCAGACACACCCUGAGAGCUGAAGUAACAGGGACUGCAAAUGAAGAAAAAACACAAAGUACUUAAUGCAAGAAAACUAAAAGCACACAGACACUGUCGGUGGACAUUGUGUCAGGCGAACAGCCUUACCUCUUUGUGGCUGACCAGCCAUGUAUUCAAAAGCCAGUAGUUUUAAAAAGAAAAACACAAAAAGGGGAAGGUCGAGCCGUAUUGAUCAGAGCUCUGAGGAUGUUGACUACUUGCCAAAUACGGAGGUGUAAUAAUGAAAAUGAAGAAUACGUUUUGUGGUUAAAUUUAAAGAUAUUGUGCGACCAUGAAAUUUUUUUUUUCAAAUAGAGCAGAAAAACAUGAAGGUGUCAACUUCCACACGCAGAAAUGGUUGCAUGUUUUAGGCUCUACUGAAGCAACGUUCAUCCAAAUACUGAAAGCUUAGAAGUCUCUGGGUGUGUGUCACUCUACCCAGAUCAGAAUACACUACCUGGAGACAAGGAUAUACACUGGUUUGUAGGAGUGGCAUUAGCUGUGUCACUAAUACUGUGCCUCUUUGUUGCACUGACCUCUGGCACAUGUAGGAUUUAAGACUACAAUCAUGCUAUAUUUGUUGUUUUGUAGAUUUAGGCUUCUCUGAAACCUUAUGUAACAGUCCAUGAACCUUUUUCUGAUGAAUGACAGGAAAAGAUUGUCCAUUUGUUAUGACAAUGUGCAGCCUUACUAAUCAUAAACUUUACCUCUUCAGUGCCAUUUGAUAAUCUAAAUUUAUUUAGGUAUACAUUUUUAUUAUGAUUUCAUUAUGGUCAUAGAGCGUAGUGAUUCAGAAAUGUCACAUUGGAGAAAUGUUUUCAGUCUUUGUCGUCCAGUCUUUUAAAUGUUGUGUUACUACGCGCACACACACACACACACACACACACACACACACACACACACACACAAGGACAUCAUAGAAGGAAUUUCACAAGCUGUUUCUGUUGGAGCAACUGUUAAUAGUUUAGUCAAAUGUAUCCAUAAUGUUUCCAUGUAACUUGGAGAACCUAAAGGUCAUUUUAUUUAUUGACAUAUUUAUUGUAAUGAAUAAUAAUUAACUUUCAUUAUUUAUACCAUUGCCAAAAAUGACCCUGCAUAACAAGCACACACUGUGUACACACGUUUGUGUUGUGAUUACAACGUUUGGCUACAGGGCAGAAAACGACUGACAUCAGAUUUUUCAAGGUAUGGUUGAAACUUGCAGCGUUCAGUUGAAACCUUUUCAUUUUUGCUGCAUUGUGUUAAGUUUAAGCACCCUGGUCCACACUGUCACUGUAUCAAUGUUACGUGUGCCAUUUCUUCACAAGUGAGUUUCCACUGUGACCACAUUCAGCACAUUGUUGAAGCUUUCAUGAUGCUAAAUGCAGAAUGUGUCAUUUCAAAUUGGAGUUAAGGUGACAUCAAUCUCUGAAGAAAAUGAGGAUUGACCUGUUGAGUCCAACCGUUAAUAGUAAACCGACUGACCAAACAGUCCUGCUGUACAUGUCAGUAGGGACAUGGGAUGCAGGUACGGAUUGUUUUGUCUUGGUUAGACUCAGACAAGAUGAAGGAAACCUUUUCUGGAUUUAACAGGAAGUUCAAAUUUAUUUCCCUAAUUCUGUCACAUGUACAUACAAAUGUCCAGAGAGUGUACAAGCCUCACAAAGUCUAUGUGUAUAUGUAUAUAUGCAGCUCUAUUAACAAACCAAAAUGAAUAUAGUGAGGUAUGAAGUUAUUGAGAACAACAGAAACGCCAACCAGAGCAGUUGGCUGUUGAGGUUGUGACAUUUUAAACUAGAUUUUGCCCAUUUUUCUGCAGUCUCUUAUGUAUAAAGGAAAGAGUUACAGAGUUAUAUAUUAUUGCUCAAGAGUGAUGCUACAGUGCUGGCACUGCCAUCUAUUGACGGACAAUGAAAAUGCAGCCUGCAUCAAUUUCUAGGGACCCUGUACACCCCUCUCUCACUUACCAUCCUUACCCUUUUAACUUUAUUUUUAACGCAUCCAUUUCUUAGACUUUUCUUUGACAAUUCCUCUUUGCCUUUCCUGAAGUAGCAUAGCAGUGAAUAGGCUCCAGUGCAUGUUUUGUUCACUCUGUGGCAGUUCAUGUGAGUGUAAUGUCUUCCUUUUUUAAAAAAAAAUUAUUUCUGUUUUUACUUUUACAUAUUUAAUUGCAAGUCCUAAGCUGUUCAAUUAACUUCCUUUUACUUUUGUAAAAACGUUCUGUGCGUUGCCGUUAAGCCAUUUCCUCCUUAGUUAUUGUUUGCUUGUCAUGGAUUUCAGAUAUAAAUUAUGCAAAUACAUCAAAGCUGUUUUUAUGUCAAUUUUAAAUAAAUGUUUUGUACAGAUAA